ACGUUUUCCAUGGGAAAAUAUACGCUUCAGCACCGAGCGCUAAAAACACCGAUACAAAACAAACCACAAACAGCGGUUUCGGUCAAAAUGAAAGCUGAGUUUCGAUAGAGAAAGCAGUCGGCUCAGGUCGACCUGCCCUGUUUGCCUCGACAAGUCCGUGCAGAGGGCCAGCAGCAGCUACAGGAAGCAAACACGCAUCUGACUGCCUGCCUGACUGACUGGUGAAGAACUCAGCAAGAAUUCAAGGGCGAAAAAAUCCAGAUCGAAAGCAGCUCGACCGGAGCGGCGUUAGUUUAAGGUGAGAGCUUCUUCAGACCCGUCUGUAGUCCGGCUGUGCUCCCUGACUGCCUGACCUUUGUGAUGGCAGAGUUGCUGCGUCUGCUGCUCAGCGUGUCCGAAAAGGCUGCCAAUGUUGCUCGAGUGUGCAGGCAGGAGGCGGCACUCUUUGAGCUGCUGGUACAGGAGAAAACAGGAGCUGAUAAGAACAAGAAGUUUGUCCAGGACUUCAAGACGCUCGCCGAUGUGGUGAUACAAGAAAUGAUUCGACAUGAUGUUUGCACACAGUUUCCAGAGUUGACCGGCUUCAUUCAUGGAGAGGAAUCAAACAAGUUUGAGAACGGACUUGGAGAGAGUGUGACCGUUACAGUUUGUGCCAAGGAAGAGGACACAGCUGCCUUGUUAGCCAAGGUGCUGGAUGGUGACCAAGCAGCUGCAGUCCUCCUGACCAAAGCAAUCCACCAGGACCUGCAGAUUAGAGAUGAAGAGGCAGAAUCCUUGCAGCUUGCUCUCAGCCCAGCAGAUGUGGGCAUCUGGAUUGAUCCCAUUGAUGCCACCAGUCAGUAUAUUGAAGGGAAGGAAGAGGAGGUGUCAGAUGGAGGCUUUUGCCCUUCAGGACUUCGAUGUGCACUGGUUCUGAUUGGGGUCUACUUGCGGGCCACUGGAGAACCAGUAAUGGGUGUCAUUAAUCAACCAUUUAGCCGCAAAGACUCAACAGGCAAGGGGUGGAAGGGGCAGCACUUCUGGGGAGUGUCAUAUGGAGGAGUAAAUACUUACUCCUUCAAACAUCCCAAGCAGUCUCUUAAGAAGAAAAAUGACUCCCUCUCGGUGGUCCUGAGCUCCAGUGAGCGCCGGGAAGUAAAGGAUGCUUUAGCACCGCUUUGCAAUGGCCGUUUGAAGUAUGCUUCUGGAGCCGGGUACAAGAUCCUGUGCGUCAUCCAAGGCCUUGUGGAUGUGUACGUGCUCUCAGAGGGAAGCACCUUCAAGUGGGACUCCUGUGCCCCCCAUGCCCUGCUCCGGGCGCUUGGGGGAGGAGUUUCCGACCUCGGGGAGUGUCUCUCAGCCGUCAGCGAUGGAAACAAGGGCUUUAAAGCCGAACUGACCUACCAUCAGCCCCAGGCAGGCUGCCAGGGAGUAGAGAGGUGGGCAAACCAAGGCGGACUGGUGGCCUAUUUGGACUCUGCAGUUAUUGACAGGGUUGUGGGUGCACUUGUUGGGAAAAUUUGAGUUAUUAUGUUGUCAGAUGUUUAUCUUUGGAGCAGGUUUUAUUCUUUUAUUAACAGUUAUGGGUAUGUUCAUUGUUGCUAUUCGUUGACAUAGAUCUUCAUGGCAUUAUAGACUAUUAUAUGUAUCGAGAGAUUCAGUGAUGCCAAAAUGUUUUAAAGUCUAUACAGAAAUCCUUUUUAAGCUAUGAAAACAAGACAAAUCCUGAUUGGGACCUUUUUAAGUUUCAUUUACGUAGCCUACAUGUAAUCUAUUGCGUACAUUUAUAUUUCCAUUUUUCUCAAACUAGCAAAUGUUGGAGCUGCCAGUGAAAAAACAGGCAGUCAGAAUGCAAUAUUAUAUUUUGUUAUGUCUAUUAUAUUUUAAGAUGCAGUAUGUAAUGCAAAUUCUUAAAGUAAUAUUAAAGACAUAUAAUACUGUGUAAUCUUUAGAGUUAUGCAAAAGAGCAUAAAGUUUGUGAAAAUGUAAAGUAAAAAAAAAGAUAAAGUUACCAUUGAGUUUGCAUGUUCUACUCCAAAUCGUCAGUGUCAAAACAAACUAGAAUGUACCUCGAAAAUGCUGACUUUACACAUUGUUUGGACAAUUUUUAUUGGGCGAUUCAUCAUGAAAGUUUCAUGCAAUGUAAAGGAAAGCUGGCACUUUCAAAUCAUGUAUGGAGGAGCGGGGUUCGUUGGCACUCUGCCUUUAUCCCAAGCAUACCAUACAUUAGGAUGACCUACCUAGCAGCAAGUGAAACACCUAGAUGUGUACAUUUAUUACUCAAAUAACUUCAUACGAAUUUCAUUAACUUAGCAUCAGUUAGCUUUUAUGAUUCUCCAAUUAAUGGAUGUUUCUUUCAGCAAUGAAAGCAUCAUUCAACUCACCACUGCAGGUGUUGAGGUCGUCACAGCUCAUGGCCCAAACUUUAUUUCUUCAGCAGACAUUUCUUGAUCGUGAUCUAAAAUCUGGCUGGCAGCUCGCCAAUUGUUGAGAACUCCCAAAUUAUUGAAGCUAUUGAGAAUAAACUAGACUCAGGCACCUGUGCGGAGAAAGUUGGGUUUAUUAAAAGACAUCGUCAUACAGAGAUGUUAACGGAUCACCAUUUUCUUCUUUCUCCUGCCACUGAGCAGGAGUUCACACAUUACAGAGAGUGUUAUCACCCUCAGCCAGCCCAAACUGUCUUCCCCUGAUAAACAUCAAGGUUACAUACCAGUGAUAAAGAGGCAUAGGAACAUGCAGAACAUUCCUAACCUGAAAUAUUUAGGCCCUAGAGACAACACAACUGCUCUGAUAGACAGAAUAAGCAUAUAAAAGUUCUAAAAAUUAACCACUUUCCAGCAAAGGUCGUGGCUAAAAGACAGACCCUUUUAAUAUCAGUAAGUAUUGGUUGGAAUUGGUUGUGCAUUCAUGACUAAAUUAAUAUUGUACACUUGUUCCAACCAGCCCCAGCAUAGAAUUCAUUGGCACAGUGCCAAUAAAUAUAAUUUCAAAGACUGAAGCAACAAAUAGAAAUGAUCAGACUAAAUGGCAACCAAAUGACAUUUUCGAAUCAAUUAGAUGUUCAGAAUGUUAUUUUUAUUUUAGUAGCAUACAAUGUACAGCUGUGCUUUGUGAAAAAAGAGACAGCUUUCAUACAAUAUUACUCAAGCAAAAAUUUGAGUAUGUGUAUUUCACAUUUGAAAAAUGUUGAUUUUCUAAGUGAAAAUACAAACUCUUGUAGACAGCUUAGAGGUAAAAACAACUUGUUAUAAAUGUAAUCUAAUUUUAAUAUAAACACAGGAUUCUAGUCGUGUUAGUAUGCUAUGUAGUAUGUGUGCAGCGUAUAAUAUAAAAUAACUUAGGCAGGCUGACACAUGUGCCAACCAACCCCACCCACAUCAGGACACAACUCUGUUUACUUCAUGCUAGCCAGCUGGCAUUACUUAUCAUUGGCUUUCAAAUCAAACACAGCCGAUUGCUAUCUCUUAAUGUAUUUCAAAAUUCUGCCUUUAAAAAUGAACUGUGUUUACUCAGGGAGAUUUUUUUAUACCCACCUUAACACACGGUAGCGUUCAGAGCUCCUGAUAAACUGGAUGAACAUCGGUUUAAUGAGGGCAGUUAUUUUUAUGUUACAUUUUGGUGACAGUGUCUCCUCUCUCUGUAAGUUGACACUGUGCCAACCAACCCUGUUGUUUCCCAGAGUCCAGUGGUGGUGUGCUUUACACCCCUCCAGCCGACACCUGGCAUUGCACACAGUGACCCUAGGCUCCGUGGUGUGACACUUCAAGGCUGAGCUAUUGUUGCUUCUAGACGCCUCCAUUUUGCAAUAAUAACACUUACAGUUGACUGGGGCAGAUCUAGCAGGACAGAAAUUUAACAGUCUGACUUUUGGCAAAGGUGGCAUCCUAUGACAGUGCCAUGUUCAAAGUCACUGAGCUCCUCAGUACAACCUAUUAAACUGCCAAUCUGUGUUUAUCGAGACUGCAAGGCUAUGUGCUUGAUUUUAUACACCUGUUAGCAAUGAGGGUGGCUGAAACACCUGAACUCAGUAAUUAGGAGUGGUGUCCACAUACAUACAUUUGGCCAUAUAGUGUGUGUGCAUGUAUGUGUGUGUGUAUAUAUAUAUAUAUAUACACACACCAAAUAGCCAGGUUUCAGAAACUUGUUCUGGAUUUAUUUAUAUCAUCAAUGGGGAAAAUAUCCACUAAUCCUUAUUAGUCCAUUUCCUGAACUGUGAAUGCCACAGAGCUGUGGUUUCACUGCGGUUCUUUUCGUAGGGUUAUACUCUGCCGGUGAAUCAGUGUUGUGGAAACAGCAGGAUACAUCUGCACUUUGGGAAAUGCCUUUUUAUGGCCAAAGACCUCUCAAAGAGAGAACUCGAUUUCAUCUCCACUCAGCUGAAGAAACAUUAAGAAGUGUUGCCAAAGCCACAUGAAUAAAUAGAAUAAGAGAUUAGAAGGCCAUAAAGAGCCUUUGCUCUUUAGUUGAUUUACUGUAAAUACUAGAUUAGUCUGUAAUACUACAUGAAAGGAUGCUUGCAAUAUCAAACUGGCAAACUCAUAAAAUUACAAUUACAGUACUUUCUUCACUAUUUGGGGUUCAUGAGGUGAAAUCUAUUCUUCCUGUGUGAACAUUUUACAUGAUCUUGCAGCUUUUCAGCUUUAAACACAGUAGGACUAAACCAUUAGAGUAUGUUCGUGUAAGGAGUAUAUAUUAUACACUAUUCAAUUCAGCUGUAGGACUAGAAUGAAUACCAUAUUUUAGUUGGAGUCUGUUUAACCUGUAGCAUAUAAUGAAAAUGGUUGGUGCUACUGCUGAAAAGUUUGGAAUCACGGUAAUAAUUGUUCAUAAAUAAUUUUAUUCAAUAACGUUCGGGGUAGACUAAAAUAUGAACAAAUAUUUUCGAUGUUUUGUUCAAUAUUUUCAUAGGUGGCAGGAUAUUUUGACAUAAAUAGUGUACUGUAAUUGUCUAGUUAUUUCUUGUCUUGUCAGUCAUCUGCCUUUAAUCACUACUUUUGAAAUAUGAGGAAUUCUGGAUAUUUUAUUAUAGCUUUAUUCUUGAUAUUAGACAGCUUUCUCAAUCAUUUAAUCAUUAGAAUCUUUAUCUGCAGCAAAUUUGAUUUUGUAUUAUUUUAAAACAGUGAUACCAAACUUUUAAACAGUGUGUAAUUCUGAUCACAAGAAAUUUGCAUUGUGGGCCGUACUUCAAAUAUAUAUAAGCGCUAAAUUCUGAUCUGUGAACUUUUGUAGUUCAAAGUUUGGAAUGAAGCAGGAAAACUGAAUUAUGCCGUUUGAAAUAAAUUAUCGCAUCAUGA